AACGAUGCUAUUCUCAACCGUCCAUUCGACUUGCCCACCCACAGUAUGCCGAUUUUCCAUCGGCCAGUGGAAAACCGCUGCACCCACUGUUUUGCAGUCCUCUCUCCCCGUCGCCGGGCAAAUGACUUGGUUCGCAUGCACCGGCAAACUGGCGGUAUUCACUUGCCUUAACAGUGGGUGCUGCUACGCACUCUACCUCUGUCUGUAUAAAUCGCAACCCAACAAGUUCGCUUUCUUCCAAUCCGAUCGCUCUAAUUCCUCCAACGACGCGGUAAUGGAUUGCCUGCUACACUCCGUCGGCCACGGCCAUUGUGUUCUUGCUCUCCCGCAGAAGAAGAAGAACUGCCUGCGAGUGUCCGCGAUCGCGGCGGCUCCAUCGACGCUGCGGAGGAAGGCCGCGCAGCACUCGAUGCCGCCGGAGAAGGUAGAGGUGUUCAGGUCGCUGGAGUCGUGGGCGGAGCGGGAGCUGCUGCCGCUGCUGAAGCCGGUGGAGAAGUGCUGGCAGCCGACGGACUUCCUGCCGGACUCGUCGCGGCCGACGGAGGAGUUCGAGGCGGAGGUGCGGGAGCUGCGGGCGCGCGCGGCGGAGCUGCCGGACGACUACUUCGUGGUGCUGGUGGGGGACAUGAUCACGGAGGAGGCGCUGCCGACGUACCAGACGAUGAUCAACACGCUGGACGGGGUGCGGGACGAGACGGGCGCCAGCGGCAGCCCCUGGGCGGUGUGGACGCGCAUGUGGACCGCUGAGGAGAACCGCCACGGCGACCUCCUUGGCAAGUACCUCUAUCUAUCCGGUCGGGUCGACAUGCGCAUGCUCGAGAGGACCGUCCAGUACCUCAUCGGCUCCGGAAUGGAUCCAGGGACAGAGAACAACCCGUACCUGGGCUUCACCUACACCUCCUUCCAGGAGCGCGCCACCUUCAUCUCCCAUGGGAACACGGCGCGGCUCGCCAAGGACCGCGGCGACGGCGUGCUGGCGCGCGUCUGCGGCACGAUCGCGGCGGACGAGAAGCGGCACGAGACCGGCUACGUCCGGAUCAUCGAGAAGCUGCUUGAGCUGGACCCUGACGGCGCAGUGAUGGCGAUCGCCGACAUGAUGCGGAAGAAGAUCACGAUGCCGGCGCACCUGAUGGCCGACGGCCGCGACCCGCUCCUGUUCGAGCAUUACUCCGCGGUGGCACAGCGGAUGGGCGUCUACACCGCCUCGGACUACGCCUCGAUCGUGGAGUUCUUGGUGGAGCGGUGGGGGCUGGAGAAGCUGGAGGCGGGGCUCAGCGGCGAGGGGCGCAGGGCCAGGGACUUCGUCUGCGGGCUGCCAGCGAGGAUGCUGCGUCUGCAGGAGAGGGCGGAGGGCCGGGCCAAGGCGGCGGAGGCGAAGAGUGUCAAGUUCAGCUGGAUCUUUGACAGGGAGGUGGUAAUAUAAUAAUAAUAAUAAUAAAAUAAUAGUAAUGAUAAUAAUAAGAUUUAGAGGAGUAUUUUGCAUUAAGAUGUGAAACUGUCAUUUGCAUCCUCCAAAUUUUGUCUAAUCUUUGAAUUGAAAUGAGUUGAUGCAAAAUAUUCAAUUUA